ACCACGCAUGCGCGUGCGUCAUUCAGCGUGCACUUCCCGUGGGCGACGCGCGCCGCGCCCGCACCGCACCGGCAACCCCUAGACAAGUUCUACCCGCUGUGUGGCGAGUGGGUGCACGGCCCACAGCCGUUCUCAGGAUACAAGCGCACGUUCGUAUCGUUUUCGGGGAACGCAGGAGACCUCGUGAGCGUGCACUAUGCGCGCGCGCGCGUCCCGCGCAAGCGCGAGGACUUCACGUACACGAUCGCGACGGAUGUGCCGAUCGCGCCCUCAGGCCAGCUCUGCUUCGAUGUGCAGAUGCCGCCGCCAACGGUGCCCCCCUCGCAGGCGGCGACCGCGCCCGAAUAUGGCGUGUUCCUGUUUGAGGCACGCGACCCAGCGACGAACGCGACAGCAUUUCACUGUUCGGACGUGAAGCUUGUGGAUGUAGAGGAUCGUCCGCAGGAUUAUCCGGCGAUGUGUGCGCGGAACAACGAGACGCUUAUCCCGAUGCCAGAGGAGUAUCUGUAG